GUUUCCUGUGCCUCCUGACCUUUGUGCACGGAUGAUUCCACCUUCAAAUGAGACUGUCUCGUAGGGAUGUUUGAGACAGGCAUUUAUUUCUAGACUCUGUCCAUGUCCUGGGCCACCCUUCCUGCUGCAUGGCUCUUACUGUAUCUUUGGGAGAGAGUAACUCUAUCUUCCCGUGAUGAGAGUCCUUUCCUGGCCCAGUACUUCGUCACAACAUUCUUAUCCGCUGAAGCACCCAUACACUGGCCGCAGUGUCAUCACAAAUGCGAGACCUUCCUGAACACAUUCCUAUAUCUAGAUAUUACCUCCAUCGACUGUUUCCAGUACUAUUAGAU